AUGUCAAAACAUUUCAAGUAUGCUGUCGUGACAGUGAGUGAUAGUUGUAGCUGUGGCACGGCAGAAGACACCAGUGGUCCAAAUUUAGUAAGAUUGUUAGAAACAAAAUUUGGUGCUUCUGGUGUUAUAUAUCGUCUGGUUCCAGAUGAUAUUUUAAAAAUAAAGGAAUGUUUAGAAACAUUAAUAUCUCAAGAUGUAGCAUUGAUCCUAACAACUGGUGGCACUGGUUUCAGCCCUCGAGAUGUUACUCCUGAAGCAACUCGAGCUGUUAUUCAAAAAGAAGCUUCAGGAAUAACUCAUGCUAUGAUGAGUGGAAGCCUUAAAGUAACACCUCAUGCUAUGCUAUCUAGAGGAAUUAGUGGUAUAUGUGAUUCUACUCUUAUAGUAAACUUACCUGGAAGUAAAAAAGCAUCACAAGAAUGCUUUGAAAUUAUACAUACUGCAUUGCCACAUGCUAUAUGCUUAAUUAGAGAUUUGCAGAAAGAUGUUAAAGCAAUUCAUCAAGAAAUGCAAGGCCAAAAAAGUGGUUGCCGACAUACUCACUCUAAUGCAGAUGUGAAUAAAAUAGCUUAUCGUUUGAGAUCUUCACCAUAUCCAAUGUUAAGUGUGCAUGAAGCAAAUCACAUCAUUGAAGACAUUAUUUCAUCAGGUGCUUUAUUAAAAGAAUUUGCAGAGAAAUUGGAAUGCCUGAAAAUAGACAAAUGUCUAAAUAGAAUUCUGGCAGAAGAUAUAUAUUCUAAAAUUUCAUUACCACCGUUUCGAGCAUCAAUCAAAGAUGGUUAUGCAGCAAUUUCAACUGAUGAAGUUGGACCAAGAGAGGUUUUGCAAGGAAUAUGUGCUGGAGAUUAUGCAAAUAUCCAAUUAAAACCAGGACAAUGUGUUAGAAUCAAUACUGGGGCAAUGGUUCCAGACUCUGCAGAUUGUGUAAUUCAAGUUGAAGAUACAAAGCUUCUGAAACAUAGUGACGAUGGUACCCAAGAAUUGCAGAUCGAGGUCAUGGUUAAGCAAAAAGUGGACAAGAUAUUAGAUGAAGAACCUCCUAUAUCUGAGCAUUAUUUAGAAGAUGAAAAUGAACCAGGAAAAAUCAAGUUUCCUGAAAAUCAGUAA